AUGAAUUCUUCCGUAUUAUACAGGUUUAGUCCAAAAGAUGCUCAUCAUAUCAAGAAGUUGAGGAGAUGUAAUAGACGUGAGCUAUCUCAGCUACAUGAAAAGAACUCACAGUUGCUUAAUAACCAUGCCUUCGUACAAAAGUUAUCAGACAACGGUGCCAAACUAAGAGAGACAAAUCAAUUGAUUGAAGCAUUACUUAUCGACGAAAGAACAAUAACUGCGCACGAUAUGAUCACUGCAGAUAACACAAACUUGGGCCACUGUCCAUUAACAAGAAAGUUAGAAGCCAUGUCUUUAAUGACACCAAGACAAGAAUCAAGGAAAAGUCAGUUGUCCAGAAGGCUAUUAAAGAUCAAAAGGGCUCAUCUAUUAGGCUCAGAACAAGUCAAAGCCAGAAUGCUUACAUUGGAUGAAUCAUUAAGGCUACAAACAAUGCAGCUAAGCAAGCCUGAUAUUCAUAACAAGGCUGAUUCAUUAAAUCCACCUCUUCUUGAAAUUCCUUUAUCUGUUGGACAAGACUAUGAAUUCCCCUUUGAUGAAGACUCUUGUAACGAAGAUAAUAACAAUAAUAAUAGUGAUGACAUGAUCUUGUUGUAA